AGGGUAGGGAUCAGGGGAACCUAGGCUGGGGGAUGUCCCUUCCUCUUCCUCUCCCUAUCCCACAAGUGAAGAGAAGGCUAUUCCCUUUCCCCAGUGCCCCUUCCCAUUCCAAGAGCAAGCAGCAGAUGCUGGAACCAGGCAGGACGUCUUGGGCAGCCGCUGUAGCCUUCCAAGAAGCUCCUAGCCUCGCUUAGCUUAACCUAGCCACAGAGCCGGAGGGAGAACCUUGGGCUCAGACCCUCCUAUUUCCCAGACUUCUGGGUCCUCUGGGCUCUGGCCUGCCCUUCAGACCAUAAGAAUUGUGAAGAAGCGAGAAUAAUAAACCCAGGCUUGGAGGAGACAGAGUAGACCUGAGAAGCAGGAAAAGCAGUUUUCACCUGGGAAGGAGAGUGCUUCCUCUUCUUCGCCUCUCUUUCUGAAAGCGAUGCUAAACAGUGAACUCUUCUCUUUUUCUACCUACACAAAACCCUGGAAACAAACCUUUUCUUUUAGUUCUCUCCUCACCACGCGGAGAUUCAUUCGGGGGGACAUUUACCCACCCUUCCCUUGAGGGAACGGGGCUCAAGCCACGCAGGGGUUAACUUUUCUGAAAACACAAUUAACUUUUUCCUAUCCUGCGUGGGGAGGGGAGGGAUAUAUUUAUUUAAUCACUGGGGGAUGGGGUGGUCUCAAUCCAAAUGCUCCCUCCUCCCUCCAAGGCACAGACGCCUCUUUCGCAGAUCCUACGUAGGUGGAACAGGACGCGUUGUGUUGUCGGGGAGAGAGAGAGAGAGAGAGAGAGAGAGAGAGCGAGAGGAGAAGGAGAAGAAGGAGGGAAAAAAAAAAGGUUGAUAGGUUUGUGCGCGGGUCCCUCGCGCGGGCUGCGCUCCUCCUGGGUGCUAUUUGACAAUUCCUGCCUCUGCCAUUGGUCAGUGUUGGAUCAGAUGGUUGUAUUUCCUUCUGGCCCUCACUGGCACCUCGCCAUCCCCCCUCAGCUAAAACCCAAUCUCAGAUAUACUACUAAUAGGCGCGGCGCUCGGACUAUAAAACACAACAAAUCAUAAACCCGGCGGAGCAGCAGCGGCCGAGCGCGCCUCCCCUCCCAAUGAGUUCCUAUUUCGUGAACUCCACCUUCCCCGUCACUCUGGCCAGCGGGCAGGAGUCCUUCCUGGGCCAGCUACCGCUCUACUCGUCGGGCUAUGCGGACCCGCUGAGGCACUACCCCGCGCCCUACGGGCCCGGGCCCGGCCAGGACAAGGGCUUUGCCGCUUCCUCCUAUUACCCGCCCGCUGGCGGCGGCUACGGCCGAGCGGCGCCCUGCGACUACGGGCCGGCGCCGGCCUUCUACCGCGAGAAGGAGUCGGCCUGCGCGCUCUCGGGCGCCGAAGAGCCGCCCCGGUUCCACCCUGAGCCGCGGAAGUCAGACUGUGCGCAGGACAAGAGCGUGUUCGGCGAGGCGGAGGAGCAGAAGUGCUCCACCCCGGUCUACCCGUGGAUGCAGCGGAUGAAUUCGUGCAACAGUUCCUCCUUUGGGCCCAGCGGCCGACGCGGCCGCCAGACCUACACGCGCUACCAGACGCUGGAGCUGGAGAAAGAGUUUCACUACAAUCGCUACCUGACGCGGCGGCGGCGCAUCGAGAUCGCGCACGCCCUGUGCCUGACCGAGCGGCAGAUCAAGAUCUGGUUCCAGAACCGGCGCAUGAAGUGGAAAAAGGAGAGCAAACUGCUCAGCGCGUCUCAGCUCAGUGCCGAGGAGGAGGAAGAAAAACCAGCGGAGUGAAGGCGUUGGAAAGGGAGGGGGGACGCGAAGGGAGCGGCCUGUGGGGAGCCGAGGGCCUCGGAGAGCCCCGAGAAGGCUCUGCGGGCGGGGGACCCGGGGGACCUGCUCUCUAGCGCACGACACGUGCGGGGGGGGGGGGCCCAGCGCUCUCUGGACGCCCCCGCCCGCAGAGCUCUCAUUGGGUGCUGGGAGGCCCUGCCGCCUGAGCCCACCCAGCACCCUGAGCGCCCCCUCCAUCCCUGCGGGACCCGCUUCAGCCCCAUCAGGCUCCCCUGUGAGAACUGAGGACCGGACUCGCUUGAUGUUUCCUGGAAGCAGAGCAAAAUGCUCUUGUCCGUGUCGCGUCUCAUUUCGUCCAUGUCCCCGGUGCACGGUUCAAUGGUAGAUUCGCAGUCCCCUCAGCGGGGGGCCUCGAAGACUCCCUGACCCCAGACCUCUCUCCCACCCCCUCCCUAAAGCCACUGGAAGGAGCACAUACUACCUAGAAGUAAGAAGAGGAGCCUCAGAAGAAAACAAAGUUCUAUUUUAUUAAUUUUCUAUGUGUUGUGUUUGUAGUCUUGUCUUAGCUCUGGACGUGAAAUACUUCGGUAAUAAUAUUAAUAUUAUUAAUAAUGAUGAUGAUAAUAAUAAUAAAGACGUUAAAACUC